AUGAAGUUCAUAGACGCUAACGUAUUAGCUUCUGCUCCCACCUCUGUGACGGUGAACCUAGUGCCCAAACCUCCUCCGAGCUUCUCCUCAUCAGGCAGCAUGGACGAAGAUCGUUUUUCCCCACCCCACCCUUUGAACAUUAUUCUUUUGAAGAUUCUUCGUUGUCAAGCCGCCAAAGUGGAGAGUGUGAUUGCAGAAGGGGGUGCUUCUCGUUUCAGUGCUUCUUCAGGCGGAGGCGGAGGUAGGGGUGCACCUCAGCACUAUCCCAAGACUGUCGGCAACAGCGAGUACCUGGGGAAGUCCCCAGGGCCUAGCGUUCAGAGAUGGGUUCCUUCAAGAAGCACUAGACGAGAUGUCAACACCUCCAACGAAAAAGAACGACAUGAUACCAUAUUCAGGAAAGUAAGAGGCAUCCUUAAUAAGCUGACCCCUGAGAAGUUUGACAAGCUAUGCCUUGAGCUCCUUAAUGUGGGCGUAGAUUCUAAACUCAUCCUCAAAGGAGUCAUCUUGCUGAUCGUAGACAAAGCCCUAGAAGAGCCCAAGUACAGCUCGCUCUAUGCUCAGCUAUGUCUGCGCUUGGCAGAGGAUGCACCAAACUUUGAUGGCCCAUCACCUGAGAUCCAACCCUCCCAAAAGCAGAGCACAACCUUCAGAAGACUUCUGAUAUCCAAGCUUCAAGAUGAAUUUGAAAACCGCACCAAAAAUGUUGAAAUCUACGAAAAACAGGACAACCCUCUCACCUCUGAGGAAGAGGAGCAGCGAGCCAUUGCCAAGAUCAAGAUGCUCGGCAACAUUAAAUUCAUCGGAGAACUUGGCAAACUCGACCUCAUCCACGAAUCUAUCCUUCAUAAGUGCAUCAAAACACUUCUGGAAAAGAAGAAGAGGAUCCAGCUCAAGGAUAUGGGGGAGGAUCUGGAGUGCCUCUGUCAGAUAAUGAGAACAGUGGGGCCGAGACUCGAUCAUGAGAAAGCAAGGUCUUUAAUGGAUCAGUACUUUGGCCGUAUGCAAUCCUUAAUGAACAACAAGGACUUGCCAGCAAGGAUUCGUUUCCUGCUGCAAGAUCGAGUGGAGCUGCGAGAAAACAACUGGGUUCCUCGCAAAGCUUUUAUUGACAACGGACCAAAGACGAUUAACCAGAUUCGUCAAGAUGCAGUGAAGGAUUUGGGUGUCUUCAUUCCGCCCAUGACCCAGGGAAUGAGAAUGGACUUCUUUCUGGACGGCCCCUUCAUGCCACCCAGGAUGAAACUGGACAGAGAAACUCUCGGAGGAUUGGCUGACAUGUUCGGACAAAUGCCAGGCAGUGGCAUAGGCACUGGUCCAGGAGUCAUUCAGGACCGCUUCUCGCCCACGCUGGGCCGCCAUCGCUCCAACCCGCUCUUCAACGGACACAGUGGACACAUGGCUGCUCCUCCACAGGCUCAGUUUGACUUGGGCGCCAAACCGUUCAUGAAAUCCAACCAGGGACAGAAUCAGCAUUUCCUCAAUCAGAACCAGACCCACGCAUCCCAGCAGCAGGCCCAGUCCAAGGACAUGGCUCCCAGGUUCAUCAAGAAAGGAGCGCUGAAUGCUGAUGAGAUCAGUCUGAGACCAGCACACUUAUUCCCCGUUAACAAAAACCAAGUGCCAAAGCUGCAGCCGCAGAUCCCCACCAUGAUUCCUCCCAGCGCACAGCCUCCCCGCACCCAGACCCCUCCUCUUGGACAGCCUCAACUUGGUCUGAAAACCAACCCCCCUGUGAUCCAGGAGAAACCUCAGAAGACCAACAAGAAACCUGCCCCGGCUAAGGAGGAACUCCUCAAAAUGACAGAGACUGUAGUGACGGAGUAUCUAAACAAGAAGAGCAUGGAUGAUGCGGUGAAUGGAAUCCGGGAAAUGAAGGCACCCAAGCAUUUCCUGCCAGAGAUGUUGAGCAAGAUCAUUGUGUGUUCUCUGGAGCGGUCGGACGAGGACAAGGAGCAGGCCAGUGCCCUGAUCAACACCCUCCGCACCGAGGGGCUGGUUUCGGGCGAGAACUUCAUGCAGGCUCUCCCGAACGUGCUGGACCAGUGUCCCAAGAUCGAGGUGGAUAUCCCGCUAGUGAAGUCCUACCUGGCGCAGUUUGCAGCGCGGGCCGUCAUGACUGAGCUGGUGACGGUGGCAGAGCUGGCCCACCCGCUGGAGAACGGCACCCACUUCCCCUUUUUCUUGCUCUGCCUUCAGCAGGCCUCUAAGCUCAAAGACCGUGAGUGGCUGAUUGACCUCUUCCAGCAGAGCAAGGUCAACAUGCAGAAGAUGCUCCCUGAGAUCGACCAGAACAAGGACCGCAUGCUGGAGAUCCUGGAGGGGAAGGGUCUGAGCUUCCUGUUCCCCCUGUUGAAGCUGGAGAAGGAGCUGCUGAAGCAGAUCAAGGCAGACCCCUCCCCUCAGGCAAUCUACAAGUGGAUCAAAGACAACAUCUCCCCCAAACUCCACACCGACAAGGGCUUCAUCAACAUCCUCAUGACCAGCUUCCUCCAAUACAUCUCUCAUGAGAUGGGCGAAUUGGAUACUGAGGACCAGCUGUCGGCCCCCUCCAAAGAACAGCUGGAUCAGGAGAAGCAGCUGCUGCUGGCCUUCAAACCGGUCAUGCAGAAGUUCCUGCAUGACCACACGGACCUUCAGGUCAGCGCCCUGUACGCGCUGCAGGUGCACUGCAAUGCCUGCUCCUUCCCCAAAGGCAUGCUGCUGCGCUACUAUGUCAACUUUUACGACAUGGAGAUCAUCGAAGAAGAAGCCUUCCUAGCAUGGAAAGAAGACAUCACCCAAGAAUUCCCUGGAAAAGGAAAAGCAUUGUUCCAGGUGAACCAGUGGCUGACCUGGCUGGAAACGGCUGAGGAAGAGGAGUCUGAAGAGGAGGGCGACUGAGAAACCAGCCAAAGCCUCUUAGUGUAGAAACGUCUGGAUGAAUACUGCAAUACUGCCCCCUUCUCUCCCCUCCGACCCCAUAAUCCAGAACACACAACCACUUGACAUGCCCCCUGCUGCUCAACUCGUACUGUACACUAUAAAGCAUUAUGAAGACGUAAGAGUUAUACCAGUGAGGCCACUUGUUUUGCUUCUAGCAUCAAUAUGCUGCAUGACAAGACAUCUUUAGGUUUUGUGUUGUGUGUGUGUGUGUGUGUGUGUGUGUGUGUGUGUGUGUGUGUCCGAUGUAUGGGAAUGGGUAGACUGCACCACAGAACUCAACAGGUGACUGUGUUCCUCAGGGCUUGCUGGAGUUGUUGAACAUAUGUCAUUCUGUUCUAGGUGUGUCCCCUGUUUAUGCCUCAGUCACCUUCUUGAAAACCACCAGAGGGCGUUUGAAACAGGGAAAGGAAGAGCAGUCUGUCGGCUUACAAAUAUUUAGACCAGUGUUGAAUUAUUUUGUCUUCAUGGAUCUGUUACCUUUAUUCUCCUCGUUGCCCAUAGAGUAUUGCGAUGAGGAACACAGACUUAUUGUUGAGUGUGUGGAUCCAUCUUCCCUGUCAGUAGUACAUCUGUAUAGAGCCUACUCCACAGCAUUCUGCUGGAGUGAUUUGUAAAAUCUACACAGCCUGUCAGUUACAGAAGAAUCUCUUUAAGGUAAUCAAGUUUAUUGCAGUUGCAUUAUUUUUUUUAUUUUUUUUAGAAGCUGUCUGUUUCUACCUCUUCAGUUCCUGGGCUUUUUAUGUGUUUUUUUUCCUGCCCCAUCUGCACUUAAGAGGUGUGCUCCUGUGUACUGAUGUGUCAUCUGCAAUGCCCUGGCCGGUGCACCAGACAUCGAGGAGGACACGGUCUGUGGACAAACAGAGGCUACAGCCUACAGAGGCUACAGGGCAGUGGCUCUCAGGUGCUUUUUGGGGAUGUCCUUGAUUGUGUAAGAAGUGAAAUGCUGGUCUGUUCCUCUGUUUCCUCCUCGGCACACCCACGCACUUCUACUCAGUAUUGUGUAAGGUAUUGAAUUCUGGUAUUUGUUACUUUUUGUCUGUUUUUUUUCUUUUCGUUAAUAAUGGCAGUAAAGUCAAUCUGAUCUAUCCUCCAAAGCCUUGGGCUGCCUCUCACAAUGGGAAAGACUAAACCUUUUAACCUGCCUUUUUUUUUUUUUUUUUAAUUUGGUGAAUAAAUGUUGAGAUAAUGAAUUGGUUCGGAACUCUACCUCCACGCACAUCUGGAGAGGUUUCUUUUUUUAAGGCUUUUACCCUUGUCAAGGAGAAAUGGAAUUGACAAGUGAUUGAAAACGGUGAAGGAGAAUCGUCCUCGAUUGGUGGAGCUUCCUCUGAUGUGAGCACACCUUUGCUUCUGUAAAACUCUAAAUGGCUUAGAUCAUGUAACUGUAAGGUUUUAAAUGCUCUAUUGUGCACCACUGUUGCUUAACUCAUUAAAGAUAAACACUUGAUCACCAAAAAA